AUGGAAACUACUGAAUCAAGCCUUUCGAGAGAAACGACGUACUCCAGUUCUCAUGACUCCGAUGAAUACUAUGAUCGUUUGAGAAACAUGAUUUUCAAGAAUCUGGAAACUCCAGGGACACCAAUCACUAAGAAACUACAAGGUACAGGCGAUCCUCAUGCGAGGCAACUGCUCCGCAAGCGUCUUCUACGCAAGAACAACAAAAAAACGUGUGACCAGGAACUAUCCUUUGUGAAUGAUAAUAUUCGGUACUAUCAACUGAUAGAUUUUGCGCAGAGAACAAGGUGCCGGUGGGAUCUGUACAGCUUAUAUUAUCUCAAAACUGCAGCUCGUCGAAGCUACGGAUACAGUUCUAAAAAUGCGGAAUUGACAGCCAAAUCUGAAGACCCAGCAGUUCAACUCCUGGAUCCCAAGAAGUCAGCUCUUCGCUGGAUGCUCUGGUGUGAGGCAGAACCACAUGCCGGAGGAAUUCUCGCAGACGAUGGGCAUGGAUAAAAACUUAUUGAUGUUUUCAUUGAUAAUGGAAACAAACGCGUGAAACGAUAAAAAAAGAAGUGGUGGAGCAGAAACAGUAAAAAAAUGAUCAUGAGUCCGCUGUAUAGCAUUCAGGUAAAAACGCGA